AAGCUGGACCACAUCUGUACUCGAAAUCCCAAGAAAUAUCUCGUCUUCCUGGGCCCCACUUGUCUUCUGUUCCCCCGCCAAACCAUCAUAACUGCCGUCUACAAAUCGCAUUAUGGUGUGUGCGUGUGUGUGUGUGUUAGAUUUUUCUUGUUGGACAAGUAUUUGCAGAGAAAACUCGAACAUAAUGUCAUUGGAGUUGAGGAAGAUGUGGGGCAACGACAAACCUCCACCGCCUUACGCGUAUUUCUUGAUUUUUUUUUCGGGGGUUUGGUUUUCAGUCGGCGAUAGGUAUAUAUAUUCAGGCAAGCCCUCAUAUCGCCGACCAUUUUUUCUCGAACCAAAGAUUUUUCAGCUUCUUGCAGAAACCCACCUGGAUUAACUCUCUGUUUCAGCUCCAAAUCGCGUAGAAAACCUCGUUCAAUCACUAAUUAAUCACUCUCGCAGUGCGGGGAGUUGUAAUGGACUCUGAUGAUAGUGGGAAUCAGUAUCCUCAACCUCCACCUCCGCGGCCGCCCUUUUCUUUCGGAGGCGAGCCUGAAGCAACUCCCAUACGACCGCCAUCGCCAUAUACGACGGUGCCUCCAACUCCGCCGUCUUUCGCUUUGUCGCUGUCGACGGCGUCUCCAUUUCCCGAGCCGCGGCCUCUUUCUCCUUUCAUUAGUUUCGAUUCUUUUGAAACCCGAUUUGAAUCCAAAGCCGUGUUGGGAAAUGAGCCGGGGAGCGCAGCGGCGGCCGGGGAGAGUUUAAUGGGCAUUCCGCAGCCUUUGGAGUCCUUGUAUGAGACUCCAAUUCCACCAUUCUUGUCCAAAACUUUUGAUUUGGUGGAUGACCCUUCAUUGGAUGCGACAAUUUCUUGGGGUGCGAAGGGCAAUAGCUUUGUGGUGUGGGAUCCUUUAGAGUUUUCGAGGAUGAUAUUGCCAAGGAAUUUCAAGCACAACAAUUUCUCAAGCUUUGUUCGUCAGCUCAAUACAUAUGGAUUUCGCAAAAUUGAUACAGAUAAGUGGGAGUUUGCAAAUGAAGGAUUCAUAAGGGGGCAGAGGCAUCUGUUGAAAAAUAUCCAAAGGCGGAAAGCACCUCAUUCCCAACAGAUUGGAAGCUCGUCUGGGUCAUCCAAUGAGGCAGCCAAGGCUGCAAUGGAAGGUGAAAUUGAACUUCUGAGGAAAGAAAGAAGUUCAAUGAUGCAGGAAGUAGUUGAGUUGCAGCAUCAGCAGCGUGGUACCUUUCAGCAUAUGGAAAUGGUUAAUGCGAAGCUCCAGGCAGCAGAGAAACGGCAGAAGCAGAUGGUUUCAUUCUUGGGGAAAAUUUUUCAGAACCCAUCAUUUUUAGCUCGUCUUCAGGAGACGGGGGAGCAAAAGGGCAUUACCUCUCCAAGAGCAACGCGAAAAUUUGUGAAACAUCAAGCCCAUGAAGCAGGAUCAUCUGGUUCCCCCAAGGGGCAGAUUGUGAGGUACCGGCAUGAGUUUGGGAGUAGCCAUACUAUGCCCUUUGCACCCCUCGACUCUGUUCCAGUCACAGGCAAACAACUUGAUAUUCAUACCUCGCAAGAUACGGGAGACAACCCAGAUUUUGGUACUGAAAACUUGCAUUUUCAGGUUGAAGAUAUCGCACAAGAUGAAUUGGCGAUGUUGCAUGACUUCAUUAGUACCCCAGAGCAGGCUGAACCAGUUCCGACCCUAGCGACCAUAGAUCCGCAUCUUAAAGGAAAGGGUAUUGUGGAUCCUCAGCCAGUCUCCAUGCCCGAGUAUUUCGUCUCUUUUCCUGAGGACUUGAUGAAGGAGAAGAGUGGUCAUGAACUCUCAAUAUCUGGAAUUGAAGGUAUGGUCAUGGAAGAUAGUUUCUGGGGCACGGGUUUUGGAGCCAGUGCUGGUAUGUCCAGUUCCACCACCGAGUUAUGGAGUACUAUUAACAGCUUUGAUGAACCAGAAUUAGGUGCACUAUCUGAUGUCUGGGACAUAGGUUCACUGCGGCCAGCAGAAAGUUCAGGCAUUGGGAUUAGGCCGGAUGAAGAAUCCCCUUCGAUAGAGAAUCAAGAUACCCAGCAUAGGGACGAUAGUUCCAAUAAGAGGGAUCAAUAGGGCUUCUCUUUGCUGCCCGUUGGAUCCUAGUAUAGUUGGAUUGAUUGCAUGCUAAUAUAAACUAGGAUGCUAUUCAUUAUAUAUUCAUUUUUCAUUUGAUCAUCUAUUUCCAUUACCUUUCCCAAUUUCCUUCCUUGCUAUAAUCAUUCUUGUCCAUUUGCUUUGUUGACUAGUAUGACCUUA